UGAGAAUCAAACUCUCCCGGCCAAGAGGUCAGGCCAUAAUCUAGCAUUAUUAAAGGUGAAAGCCAAAACUCAUUGUUCCAUUUCAAAUUUUCUGCAUCGAGAGUGAAUUUAGGAAGGACAGUUUUGUCUUCACAACUACUUAUUUCUUUCUUAUUUAUUUAUAAAAAGGGAUAAUUAUGGUGAUUUGAACCAUGACCACUUUAAAGAGAGGGAAGAGCUACAACCAAUCACAUUACGCAUAUUUGUUGUAUCUUUUAAAAGAAAAACAUUCACAAACCUAACAUCUUAAAAAUCAUAGGACUUUACAACGGUUAGCUAGCCACCAAAUCUCUCAUAAGUACUUAUUUGGUGAUUUGAUACUUUGGUUUUCAUAUUUUGAUUAUUUUAAUUGUAAUUUAAUACUUAAUUUGCGUUUCUAUGUAUAUUAUAAAUAGUGGAUAAUUUUAAAAUUGAAACCCAAAUAUAACUUGGUUGCAUAUCAAAUUGAAGUAUUAAGUAGGUCGAACCGUCGAAGCAAUGUCAUAAUUUUAUUUUAGUAUUAAUUUUUAGAAUUACUAUGAAGAAAUCAUAUUGUUGUGUAGACUAUAUGAGAGGGGUUUUUUAACGUUUAAGUUGGGUUAACCACUAAGUUUUAAACAUGUUCCUAAUUCGGUGUGAUUAGAUCCAAUGAUCAUUGUACGAGAUUGCGUUUAAUUAUUGAUUCAUUUCGCCAUUUUUUGAAAUGUUAAUGAAUUUCUAGGGCAAUGACAUAUGUCUACGUCUUAACGUCUACACACAAUACAAUAUAUAAGAUUGGAAUGAGAAAAAUAUUAUCCGAUUUUAAAUUCCUACAACAAGAUCCAAAAUAUGAAUGACAUAUUUUCCUUCACAAUUAUUAAACUCAUUUCUUUAUAAAAAAUAGACAAGUAUUGAAAUUUGAACCAAUGUAUCUUAAAAGGGAAGACAAGAAUUAUAAGCAUGAUUUUCAACCCAUUGGUCGAAUAAGUUUAGCCCAAACAGAGUAUCUGUUAGGAUGCUUGAGGCCGAGUUGGUUAUCAGCCCAAACUUGGUCGAACCAGGAAACCCACUCAAAUUAGAAAAUCAAGUAGAUUCAACUAACUCAUAUGACCACUGAGUCACUUCAAACCGACAUCAUUUUCAACAAAUCUAAUCACUAUCAUUGUUGACAUGUCGUCCUUUUGAUGAUAUAUACGGUUUUGGUUGUAUUUGGCUUCAGAUUAAAGUUUGAAAUCCAUAGUUUGUGGAUAUGAAAUCUUAUUAUGCUAUAGUGAUUUAUCUUUGAAUCUGGGUCUAGGUUGAUCAUAAAUUCUAUAGAACUUAGUCUAAUUGAAUUUUUCUUUGUUGUUUCCCAAUAGAUCUGAGUUGGUUUAAAGGUUAUUUUGCCGAUUGCAAUGGUUGGAAAUGGACUUUCUUAAGUUGGUAGUUAUGUGAAGUUGAAAACAAAACGAAGCUUGUGUUUUAAAAUGAGAUAUGGAUUGGUCUUGCAUAAGAUUUAGCAUGCCAUCUGAACCAAAUGUUCAAAUAAAAACAUGGCAAUAAGAAAAAGUUGAAGAGAACAGAUCAGGUCUAUACAGAGCUAUCUACCAAGAAGAACAUUCAUUUCUACUUUAAGCUAUUCGUAUUAUGUGAAGACAAUGAUCAUUCGUAUAUGUAUGCAAUAUGGGGUGUGUUUGGAUUCGAGAGAUACUAACCUGGACGUUGCAAGUGGUUUCUUUGUUGUUGAUCACUUGAUUGUGAUGGACCUAUUGCUGCUCCUUGUCUGCUUUUAUAUUCUUCGAAUCAAAGCCUCCAAUCACUCUGUAUUUUCUUUGAAAGGAUCACCCAAUAUGAUCUCUCCCUCCUUUUCUCCUCCCCCCUUUUGGUCACUGAUCACCCCAUUUUGUAUAUGGAUUUUACUGUUCAUUUUGGGUGUGUUGGCAAGUAUUCGUUACUCCUUGAAAAGGUGGCCGUCAUACUCUUCUUAGGAGGUGACAACCAUUAUUUGUGCCCUUUGAGCCACAUUGCAGCCAUGUUGACCUAGUUGACCCGAAUUGACCCGGGUUAACCGGGUUGACCCAAAAUUGGUGGGCUUGUAAUGGGUUUAUGGUUCUCAUAACUUGGGCUUAAAAUUUUAUCUAUUUUCCUUUCUUUUUGCAGGUCCUUGCUUCGGGCCCAAGGUGAUGAGCUAAGGAGGCACUUAUGAAUUUGUUUACUUAUUCGCAUAUGUAAUGACUUGUACAAGACCUAAUGUAAUAUUAAUCAUGUCAUUCAUUGUUGUAAUAGACACAUUUCUAAGUUAUAACACAAAUGUUCGACAAAAGUCCUACAAGACCAAAUCCUUAUCCAAACUUGAAGCAACCUUUCUAAGUCUGAUUCCUAACAUCAAAUUUAUUUGUCAUGCUGACUGAAAAUUAGCUGCAAACAAUCAUGGUGGCACUCGAUGUUUAGCAUUAGUCAUUGCUAACCUUAACUUAUUUAAUUUAAUAAAUUGAAUAAGAGUGAACUAGAUUAUUGAUGUUGAUUGACUAGCCAUUGCUAAUCUCAACCAAUUUGGUAUUAGAACUAAAUAUGACGGAAUUUGGAAGCCAUUGAUAUCUAUUGACUAGCCUCUGCUAAUCUCAAUCAAUUUUGUCCAAACUUCCACUUCAGUUUUUCCUUUUCGGGUUUAAAGUAGAGUGAUUGCCCCAGACAAAAUAUGGUGUCUACAUCUUCAUCCAGAUUGGACGGUUCGUAUAAUUCACAUUUAUAGAGAAAGCAACUUCCUUGCUGAUUGUCUUGCUCUCAAGGGCCACUCAUUUCCUUUGGGUAAUCACUGUAUUUCGAUUCUUAAUCUGGACAUUCGUAGUCGGGCAAUGUACGAUUUAGUUGGAGAGACUAUUUCUCGUCUUAUUAAUAUGAGGUAGUGGUGCUCACCUCAGCACCCAUUUGAGGGGGGAGGGGGUGGGGAAUAUCAUUAAGGCAGCACCCUUAUUCAAAUGUGGUACACUAUAACUCAUGUACACAAGUAAUACAAAAAAGUCAUUUGAAAAUGAAUAGUUAGAGUUAUUUGAGACAUUUGGAGACCUACGUAUGAACGAAAUAAUUAGCAUUAGAGAUUGAAAUCAAAUAAAUCAAUUGAGUAAUUUAGUACAAUCGAAAUAUAAGAAGAAGUGAAACAAAUGUACUGAGUCCAUAAAAAAAAAAAAAAGAAGAAGAAAGAAACAAAUGUACUGAGGACUGAAGAGCAUUAUGUAUGGGCCAGUCUGCAUGCUAGGUCUACUGUUGCCUAUAUUUUUAAAAUAGCCCAAUAACCAUUAAGGCCCAGCUCGUAACGGCGGCAGAUCUCAAACGUUCAACUUACAUCGGUAUUCUCGGCCGUUGAUCCGGUCUUACGAUCUUUUUUAACCUAAGCUGGACCUCCACGGCCGAAAACCCUAGCCCUGGAGCUUAUAAGUAUCGAUAGAACUACUGCUGAACUCCGAACCCUCGGCGGCUAAGGGAUCCCCCUGCGGUGAGCUUCCUCCCUCAUCUUCGAUUUGAUUUCUGUCGUUCAGUAUCGCUUGUUGUUUUUGUUGUUUGCGGAUAUCGGUGUUUGCUGAUUCGUCGCGUGAUUCAUUUUCUGGCUGCAGUAGGUGAAGAGGUUAGUGAAAAAUGGCGGUUCCGUUGCUGACGAAGAAGAUCGUGAAGAAGAGGGUUAAGAAGUUCAUAAGGCCCCAGAGUGACAGGAGGAUCACCGUGAAGGAGAACUGGCGUAGGCCAAAGGGUAUUGACUCUAGGGUUCGAAGAAAGUUCAAAGGAUGUACUUUGAUGCCCAAUAUUGGUUACGGCUCAGACAAGAAGACUAGGCACUACCUUCCCAAUGGCUUCAAGAAAUUUGUAGUGCACAACGUGAAAGAGCUCGAAGUGCUGAUGAUGCACAACAGGACUUACUGUGCAGAGAUUGCACAUGAUGUGUCCACCAGGAAGAGGAAAGAGAUAGUCGAGCGAGCUGCUCAGCUCGAUGUUGUUGUCACCAACAAGUUGGCCAGGCUGCGCAGCCAAGAGGAUGAGUGAAUUGGGUUAUAGCCGGUGGAAUCUGAGUUUGUAAUGAAGAGCUAUGCUACUGACUGUGCUACUGCUUUCUCUAAAUGGAUAGGUUUUAAUCCUUUCACUCAUGGUAUUGAAAGAGGAUAUAUACACUUUUGAACUAUGUUUGAAGUUGAUUACUCGUUUUCUUCUCUAUACUCGGGUGCGGUAGUUGCAUCGUUUUCUUCCAUAUGUUAAUAAAGAUGUAGAGAGAAAUACUGCGGCUUGGUUUGGGUUCUAGGUCAUUGAGUUUACUAAAAUGGGUCAUGUUUAGUCAUUGAAAAAAUUAAUAUCAAUUUGGUCACUCUAUAUUAUUGAAAGAGUUUGUAUUUAGUUGGUCUCUAUUACUCUAUAUAACUCCGUUAAUUGAGUUUGUUAAAUGUACUCUCUAUAUAACUCCGUUAGUUGAGUCUGUUAAAUGAUCAUGCAGUCAUGUGACCAAUAAAAUCGUCUAAUCAGCGUAAUUUAGGUCUAAAAUAAUGAAACUCGACCCAUCACAUCACUCAACCCCAGCCUAACCCAAUCCUUGAACCUAACCCCCUCUUCCCUGACUUAUCCCCUUUCUUGCUUCUAUCUUCUCCAAUCGUUCCCAAAGACGACAGCCUGAAAGUGCAAUUCCCCUCCCCGCCGAUGAAACCCAAGGCACGAUAGCAGCAGUAGCGGGCGUCGGCUGCCGACAGAGUUCCACGUAACUACUUUCGCCCUCCCAGCCCUGGCAGUAGAGCGUCCUUUCUAGUUGAAUUCUCCUCUCCAAUUAGUCAUAUGCCCUCUGUCGAGCUUCCUUUCCCGUCGGAGAAUCAUUUCGCCUUCCCAACUUAUGUCGAAGUGUCCUUAUCUCUUGGCUUUGCCUUCUGCCCAUUGGAGCUUCCCUUUCCCGACAUGCAUUUGGUUCUAUUGAAUUUGUGCAUAUUUUAUUAUAAUCAAAUAGAAUAACAAAUAGUGUUUCAAUGGGCUUAUGAUUCUGGGGGAGGAUCUGGGAUUUGGUGGAGAGGAGGAAGAAUGGCAUAUGAGGAAGAAAUAGAGGACUAAAGGCAGAGUGGCGGUGGUGGUCAAUAAGCACCGGCGAAUGGUUCAUAGAAGUGAGAGAAUCAAGCGAAAUGAAGCCAAUGUUUGGAUACAAUUCUAUAAGAAAUGGAAAUGGAAUUACAUUUCCAAUUCUAACUUUUAUGGAAUUCCAUUUCCAAUUUUUGUGUUUGGUAUAAUUCUCACAUUUAUAGAAAUGAAUUGUACUUUUAACAAUUAAUUAAUACUUUAGUAUUUUUUAUCUUGAAAAAUGAGAUAUAAGUGAGAGAGAAAGAGAGGAAUAUCAUAGUGGAGUGAUAAAAUAAUAAUAAAUGUGUAUGAGUCCCACUAAUUCCAUCUCCAUAAAGUCAAUUCCUAUAACUUUUGAUAGGAAUUCUAAUUUCCAUAAUUUGGAUCAAAUAGAAUUCAUUUCCCAACAUUCUUCCAUUUCCAAACAUAGAAUAACGAAAUAGAAUUGGAAAUGGAAUUCUAAUUCCUGAGUUUUUUUUUAUCUAUCCAAACAGGCUGUGAAGGCGGCAAUGGCGGGAGCGAGCGCCGAAAGGAAAGAGAAGAAGAUUUCCCAGGCCAGGAAGGCAUCCUCCAUGAUUCCGAUUCCAAUUUGCACUACAAUUGCGAUUCCAAUUUCCAUAUCCUAUUCUGAUUCAAUCGCGCAGAUGUGGAGGACGCGCUCUAUGAUUAUUGAUUGAGGGGAGCCCAUGGUAGUGUGCGUGGCUUUAAGGUUGUUGAUUGCAGAGCUAAGUGAAAAGAUCCGUGGAAAGGGAAGUUGAGGAAGCUAUGUGUUUCGCCGCCGUCGGAAGGAGUGGGGGAGAUGAAGCGGUGGUUCCACGUCAGAUGCCACAUAAGUGCUGACUAGACUUUCUGUUAAAAACUAACGGUCAACUCUAACAAAAAAAUAGUUUAGGA